UCCUCCUGACGAAUCCUCGCCGCGAAUGCGUUUAAUCAACCGCGCACGGGCGAGCGCCGCCACACCGCCAACUUCGUUGAACGUUUCCAAGGACGCUGCAGUCGACGACGACACGCAGUACAUACCGGGAUAUUAUUAUAUCAUAAUAUAUUGUACGCAGCACAACACUAUUACCUACCCUUACAAAUCUCAUCACAAUUUCGCAAUAUCGCAUUACUAUACCUAAACAGCACGUUAUAUCGCGGUAAAAACCACAAAUACAUGUCUGGUGCAGAAUGAUCAUCUACCGCGGUACAUCCUACAAUAUUGCGUCAUAAAAUUAAUACGUCCCGCGAGUACAAUAUUGUUCUUGAACCCCUGCUACGUCCUUUCUAUUAACGAUAUCAAUUAUAAUAUUCGCGUAUGCGCUUUAAAUAUAGGUAAUUCUAUAUACUUAUAUAUAUUCAUGAUAAAGGAAACUAUAAUAUUAUAAAUAAACCUUCCCAAUAUAUACAUAUACUGCUGCUAUCAUGGAGUGCCCGAAACCUUCGUUUCUCAUCAGGGACUUGAUCGGAGAUGUCUUACAAACUUCAAAAUCUUCAGAUAUGUCCAGCGAUGAAGGCACCACCGACAUGGAUGACCGUACGCUGGCGGUCAGCAAUUUUUCCGCGCUCCCAUUGUUGGUGCAAAAACACCACCACCACCAUCACUACCAACAGCACCAAGACAUGAUGACCGGGAAGUCAUGCGGCCGAAAAGUCAGACGCAGGAGGACAGCGUUCACGCACGCUCAACUGGCUUAUCUCGAACGCAAGUUUCGUUCUCAGAAGUAUUUGUCUGUAGCCGAUCGGAGCGACGUGGCCGAGGCGUUGAACUUGUCGGAAACUCAAGUCAAAACGUGGUACCAAAAUCGAAGAACGAAGUGGAAGCGUCAGAACCAGUUGCGCCUCGAUCAGCUGCGUCAACAGUCGGUUGAGCCGCAGUCGGAAACGUCCGCAGCCACCGCCGAGUACGGACAGCACCACAAGCAACAGCACCAGCAGCACAGGCUGCACUCGGCGGAACCGCACCACGGCCGACAAACCGAGCACAGAGUGUACGUACCGUCGCCGGCGGACUCGGACAUGCAGGCGGUAGCCGAGUCGUCGGCCGCCGCACCGUUAACGUCGUCGACGGCGGCAGCGGCUGCAGCAGCGUUCAUCGGCGCGCCGUACCCGGGGGUGGCCAACGGCGCGCGGUGGAACUUUCUGACCACGGCCGCGGCCAUCGUGCGGAACGUGUCGUACGUGCAUGGGUGUCACAUGUAAGCAAUAAAAUAAUAAUCAUUAUACAGUGUAAUGACAUAAUGUUAUUACUUAUUUACUAUUGUAAUACUAAUAUGUAAUACGAUUCAGUUCACAUAUUUAGUGAUUCGCAUCGGCACGGAUUGUAUACAGGGUGGUCGUACGAACGAUAUCAUAAUAUUAUAUACUAUAGAAAAGCUUUAAAUAGGUAAACAUAUUAUAAUAUAAUUAUUUUCAGACAAUAAAUCCACACGCACAAAAUAAUAUGUGACCUACUAGUUCCACAAAGCUUUUUAAAAUUACGUCUAAAUAGUACAUAGGUAUUUUAAUAUCAUAGGCGUGACUCCAGUGGGAGCCGUGGACCGUGGUCGUCUCUAGACCUUUUUUUUGGGGGGGGAAGUACAAAACGUACAAAAAUUGGCUACAAAAUAGGUUAACACAGUGUAGAACAUAGGGAAACUACGUUGAUUGGAAAGGGAAUGCCAUCUUUGCCCCUCCCCUGGAUCCGCCACUGUUUAAUUCUUUAAAGAGGUCAUUAGUAGACGAUUUUAACGGACAUAGUUUAACAUGUCUUAUGUGACACAAAAAUUGACCAUGCAUACGGGCAUGUUAUAAUACUAACAUUUAAAAAAAGCUUCCUGGCCUCCCUCAUUGAAGAUACCACUUUAAUGGUAACUUGCUUCACCCAUAAAUUCAAUUUGAAUAUCACCAUAGUCAUAAAUUAUUUAAUUGAAUACAAUAAAAAUUACUUGGUAGAUAAAAUUUUAGUUGCACUCUAUUCAGUCUAUCAUAUACUGAAUAACCUAUAUAUUGAUCAUAAAGAAGGGAUUAUAAGUACAGAACUACAGACACUAUUUAAAUGUAUGUCACAAAAUUAAAAACCAGGAUAAUUACUAAUUUUGGGGGAAUCGAUCCAUAAAUUCUCGGCUCCCGCCUAAUGUGCUCUUAGUAGCUGGUAUAGGGAAAAGAGAUAAUGGUAAACAAGUUUGAUUGGACUCCACUGCCAUGAAAGUCUGGUCACGCCUAUAUUUCGCAUAUUAUUACUAUACUGAGUACUUGGUUAAAAUAAUUUUAAAACAUUAGGCAAAUAAAAUUGUAAUUUCCAUUAAAUUUAUUAAUUUACAUACUUUAUUUGUAUAUUUGGUUUCUGUAAUUUCAUCCUUGUGAAAGUUCUUAAGGAUUAAGAACAUUAUUAAUCAGAUUUUUAUUUGGCAUAAAGUAAUACCUAUUUAGUAAGUAAAUAAAGUAAUACCAAUUACCAACCUACCACAGAAUAUAACAAUACCUAUGAUCAUAGGCAAAAUUUGGGUUAAAUUAAUGGGGGUGGACUAAAGUGAUCAGUGGGGGAGCUUUGCCUCCCACACCCAAUUACACCUUAGUUGUGUACACCUUCUCAAUAAUAUUAAUAUAAACAAUGACCUUUAACAAUAAAUAACAUGAUACAUAUUAUUAUUUGGAUAAGUACCUAUGUAUUAUUAUUAUGAAAAUGAUAAGGUCUUAGAAAUAAAUGUAUCCAAAUAUGGUAUAAUAUUAUAGUCAAUCAAAAUUCGAUGAUGCUAUCAACAAAUUUGGGAGUGCUAAGUACCCCCAAGUACUCACCAAAUUGCGCCUAUGCCUAUGAUAUUGGUAUUGCACAAUAUCUAUGAUUUGUUGAAAAACAUUACAUCUACAUUUUUAAUCAAUUAAUUAAUUACUCAUCAUUUGUUCUGUCCAUUGAAUAGCAAAUAAUGUAAAUUAAUUAAAUAUUAACAAAAACCUACAUUUUAAAUAUUGUAAAUAUUAGUUUUUGAAAGAAUUGUAUUUUAUUUUUUAAUAUUUACAGUAUAGAAUACAUAUGUUAAUGUUGUAUGUAAUUAAACAAAUAAGAGUAAGAUAAGCUAUUUAUAAUAAAAUUUGUUUAAAUAUAAUCCAAGCCUCUAAACUCUAAAGCAUCAAUAAUAUUCUAAUGUUAUGUAAAAUUAUGAAAGUAUUAAGUUAUAUGGAUUUUUAUCAAUCAUAAUGCGAUGAAUUAAAAAUAAAUUAUUUAUCUUAAUUAGGACUCUUUUUAUUUACUCUUUUUAAUAUGACCAAAGAUAUCUGAAUUUUUGGAUUAGGUUAAAAUAUGAUCACUAAUUGUUCUGCUUUAUCAUUAUUGUCUUUUAGAAUAUUUGAAUUUUUAUGAUAUUUAAUAUUGUUAUAUUGUAUCAUUGAAUAUUUUUAUAAUUUUAAGUAAUGCGAUUAUGUAUAUAACUAAUAUGUAUAAAUAAAAUAUAUGAAAUGUACUUAACACAUUUCAAAUUAAAUAGUUUAAAAUAAUUAGUAACUCAUUUGGUAAUUGGUAAUAUAAGGUUUAGGUACCUAUUUUGUUUGUAAAUCAUAAAUGUUUAAUCAGAAUUUUUUAAUUUAUGUGCAAUAUUUAGUAGA